ACUGUUUUCCAAAUGUCGAGGAUGAUUCAAGAAAUGUAGCACAGCGACUGAGAAAAACUGUAAAACUGGCUUUACUGAGUGCUUUAAUUAUAGUAACUGGUAAAUUAUUCCACAUUGUUCCCCUCCUGGCUGCAUGGGGGCGCUGUGGUUUGUACUAAUCCUAUUAUUGCUGAUAAUUCGGACUCGGACUACAGCUUCCUGCAGCCAUCAUAACAACAAAACAGACUCCGAUCGAUGUUUAACUUUUCUUCGUUGUGCCUGAGUGGAAGCUGCUCCUGAUGUAUUUCAGAUAACACUGUUCCCAUUUUAACCCGCUCAGUGUUGUUUUUUUGGGGGGACCGUAAUCCGGACGGAGUGGGUGUUUAAAGAUGUCGUCCGCCGUGGAUUUCCACUCUCAGAUCGCCUCCAUCAUGGAGGUCCUGGCUAAUGCGGCUGUGGCGGAGAUCUGUAAGGUUGUGGAUGACGGCUACGCGGUGGUUCAGCUGGAGAUGUCCCGCAGUCAGAAAGAGAGCGAGUGCUUGCGGAGGAAGAUCAAACUACUGGAGCUGCAGGUCGCCCGGUACCGAGCCGAGAGGGUGAAGCCGGCGGAGGGAUUCAACGGCCGCUUCCCCGGGUUCCGCCUCCUGAGUCGACAGAGAGGAGACUCAGCGGCCGGCCCCUCUCUGCAGGGCAGGACCAGGUUUCUGAACCGAGGUCCAGGGGCGCAGCAGUCUGUGCAGAAGACCCACCCUAUAAUCCUGGACCAGGAUCCUGAUCAGGAGGUCGUCACCACCACUAAAACCGAGUCUGCAGAGCCUGAGGAGGAGGGGGAGCUGCUCAUAGUGAAGGUGGAAGGAGCCACGGAGACCACGCCCACUCAACAGGGGAGGCCAUCAGACGCAAGCAUCAAAAGAGGAGAUGCUCAGGCCCCCCCAUCGCACCCCACCGCCUCGGAGGACGAUGGCAGACGGCUCAGUGAAACGGAGGCCCAGAGACGUCCCACACACAGCGGCCAUCAGAGUGAGCAGGAAGAGAUGAAGGAAGAGACAGGUGACCCCCCAGAGAAACUCAGCCCCUCCCACACGCUCCUGGACUGGGAGGAGUGCAGACGGACAGGGGACACCUGUUCUUCGUACCCAGCAGACUCUGCCGCAGGAAGUUCAUCAUUCAGGCUCACAGGUGCAGUGAGGUCACUACCUGUGGGUUCAGGUUUUAACAGACCUCCCAGAGAACAGAACCAGGACAGAACAGAGUCUGAGUUCAACGUCGUUGUGGUGGACUCCAGACAGGAUGGCUGCAGCGGUGUGAUGUCAUCUGGAGCAGGUGGAUGUGAUGGAGCAGAGGGUCUGACCAGGUCUAAGUACCCUUCUCCGCUGUGUUUGCAGAUCAACAGGACUCCAGGUGAAUCCACGUGGGGAAUCUCUAGCUUCAACACCCCUGCUGUUAAUACAGGGUCAGCAGAACCCCAGCAGCAGCACUCCUGGUCUGGAGUCCAGCAGAUGGACCACCUUUCUGAUCAGAGCCUCAUCUUUCAGGCACCGAACACUCAGGACCAAGAGUCCGGAUCCCAGCAGCCCCACCUCCCCUUCGCCUGCCCCUUCUGCCCCCGCCGCUACUCCCACCAGUGCAAGCUCCGCAGCCACCAGCGAGCCCACACCGGCGAGAAGCCGUAUCAGUGCCCCCAGUGUGGGAAGAGGUUCGGACAGGUGUGCAGUAUGAAGCGGCACCAGAUGGUCCACACAGGGGAGAGACCGUACCCCUGCCCUCACUGUGGGAAGCAGUUCUCCACCUCCACCAACUUGAAGGUGCACCAGAGUGUCCACACAGGAGAGAAACGCUUCAACUGCUCCAAGUGUGGCAAGAACUUCUCCUUCCUCAGUAACCUCAUCCGACACCAGGCGCUGCACAGUGACAAGUGACUGUGACACAGAGACUCAGAAAUUUAGAGAUACAAGGAUGCAGAGACACAGAGACAGAAAACUACAGAGAGACAGGGAUACAGAGACAGAGGUACACAAAAAUACCCAGAUAAAAAGAUACUUAGACAUGUGUACAGAAACAAAUCAGAUUAAAUCGAAACCAACCACUGCAGCUUAAUCUGACAUCAGGAAGUGCACUGUACAAACAUGUUAGUCAAAGACACACAGGCACAAAGAGACUACAAACACAGAGACACAAGGACCAAUCCAUGAACUUAGAACACCUCAUUCCUUUGGCAGCUAUGUCCCAAACAAGACUGUCCAGAAACCAGUGAACAAGAAGACACAGGUUUUUUUCCGAAACCGCCUACGAUACUAGGAGAACAUACUGAUUCCAAAACUCAGUAUGUAGUAUGUGAACAAGAGCAAAAUCUGCAGUAGGCCUAUACCAAAACUUCCUGGAUGUCUUACUGAAUUCUGGAAUAUUUCUCAGCAUGCAGCGGACCAUUCUCCCUCGCCUACGGUUUCCCAUAAUGCACAGCGCUAACAUUCCACGUUUUCUUUUUUCUUCUUUUUUAUCGGGGGUCACUCAGUUUUUAGGUGCCGUGAAAAUGAUUAAAUUCCAUGUAAACCACUUAUUAACUUUUUAAAUUAUAAGUAAUGCUAAAGAAGCAGUUUUGCUAUCAGCUUGGUCGUUGUUCACUUCAGCUUUCCAAAAACUGGAAAUCCAGCAACACCUGGCCCAGCAUACUGCAAAACAGAUCCAACAGAACAGUCAUACUACAUAAUAUGCAGUUUUAACGCAGUAUGCAGUACGUACUGCAUACUACAUUCAUAGGUAGUAUGUAGCAGGGGGUUUCGAAAACAGCCAGAGAUAAAAAGAUACAUCUCUAUGUAGUAACAUUUCAAAACUGGUUUCAAGUCUUUCUCUUCCCUCAUCAACUUCAUCCAACACAUGCAAUGCACAGCGAUGAUUGCACAAUACAUAGAGAAGACAAAACACAGACACAAGAUGCAGAGACAAAGAGAUACAAAAAGAAAUAACUACAGAUACAAAACAAGACAGAUGUGCAUGAAGACAGAAGGAGAAAGGGGCCGUGAUACAAAGAGACACAAAUGGAGGCUUAAAGAGAGUGAUACAAAGAGACUGAUACACUUAGAGACAUAACCACGAAGAUAUAGAAAAACCAAGAGGCCUGGAUACAAGAAGAUACAGAUACAGAUACAAAGUGGGAACUGUAUUCAAAAAUAAAAAUACAUGGGAAAAGACAAACACAGAGACACAAAUACAAGGAGACGUCAAGAGACAGAGAUUUAAAAGGGUCAAAAACACAGACACAGAGAGAGAUCAGGAUACAAAGAUUCAGAGACAGCUAGAAACAGAGAUACAAAGAAACAGACUCACACAUUCAAAGAUUCAUGGAUACAGAUACAAAGCCUUAGAGAUGCAGAUGCUGAAACAUACACCAUCAUGUGAUGCAAACAGGCAGCAACCGUCCAACGAUGCUCUGUGACAUCAAACCGUCCAGGUCUGGAUUGUAUUCUGUGUGUUCAUGUUGCUAUUAAAGAUAGAUGAGUGAUCAGUUUAAUAUGUAACAUGUCGUGUCCUUUAAAGUCCUCUGUUAUUGAUCACUGUUUAUUUUAACGUUCCUCUGAUUCUCUUUGGAUUGUCUUUGUAAAGUGUUGGAGAAAAUUGCUGCUUAUUAAAGGAUCCCUCACAGCUUA